AGUUCCUUCUCUCUCCGAGACGUGUGUAUAUAAAUGAUAUAAAUCAAUAACUUAACCUAAGUUGUAAAAUAGUCACACGUGUUUUUAUUUUUUUGAUUAUUAAAUUAAAUAAAAUUUAUAUUUAAAGUUAAAUAUUAAACAAGAAAAUAUGGCUGAUAAAAAAAAAAUGAGAGAAGUCAAAUACCCAGGAAAACCUCCAAUAAAUAAAGAAGUCUUGAAAAAAUACCACCGAGGAAGUGGAGUAGAGUUACGUCGUAGCAAAACAAAAAUAAAAAACAAGUAUAAUAUCGCACGAUUACGAAAACGAGAAAAAUUGAUUGAAAAAACCGCGGAAGACACCGCAAGAGCUGAGUUACUUCUGACAGAAUCCGGAGGUUUCCUGGAAACAGAUGCCGGGGAAACGACGACCCAGUUCCGACAGAGUCAGAUAGCCGCUAACGUGGACAUAACUUCCGCGACGAAACACUUCAAUUUGGACCUAGACUUCGGCCCUUAUUGUUUGAAGUACACGAAGAACGGGCGGCAUUUGUUGCUGGGUGGCAAAAUGGGUCACGUUGCUGCCUUCGAUUGGGUCACCAAGAAACUGUCUUGUGAAAUGAAUGUCAUGGAGUCGGUGCAUGACGUCUCCUGGUUCCACCAGGAAACGAUGUUUGCCGUCGCUCAAAAAGAUUGGGUCUACGUCUACGAUAAUCAGGGCAUAGAAAUCCACUGUCUCAAAAGAAUGAACAAAGUCACCAAAUUAGAAUUCUUGCCGUAUCACUUUUUACUCGCCAGCGGGUCCAGUGACGGUAAUUUGGCCUGGGUUGAUGUUUCUACCGGAGUAUUACUGAAACGUUACAAUACCAAGGUCGGCAAAAUCAGAGUUAUGACACAGAACCCGACUAACGCGCUGUUGUGUGUCGGAAACUCUAAAGGAGUUGUGUCAAUGUGGUCACCAAAUGUCCAAGAACCUUUGGUCAGAAUGCUCUGUCACGGGCAAAGUAUUAUCGGCUGUGCUGUCCAUCCUUAUGGAACUUAUAUGGCGACAAGUUGCCCAGACCGUUCAUUAAAAAUUUGGGAUGCGCGUCAGCUAACUGGUCCAGUUCACAACGUGAUGCUCCGUUCACCAGCAGACAAUUUGGCUUACAGUCAAAAGGGAAUGCUUGCAGUGUCCACUGGCAACGUUGUCGAAGUUUUCAAUGAAUCCACUGGCAACAUGAAACGUUAUCUGACCCACAGAUCCUCUUGGAGUGUAUCAGGAAUGCAAUUUUGUCCGUUCGAAGAUGUCCUGGGUGUCGGUAGUGAAAGAGCGUUCACUUCGAUCUUGGUACCAGGCAGCGCGGAGGCAAACUUUGAUGCUCUGGAAGUUAAUCCGUUUCAAACAAAAGCACAGAGGAAUGAAAGAGAAGUCAAGAGUCUUCUUGAUAAAAUUCAACCGGAAUUUAUUACUCUCAAUCCAGAAGCUAUCGCUGAAGUUGACGUGCCGACGCUCAAAAGUAAAGUCGAAGCAAAGAAUAAACUGGCUUUCGUUAAACCGAAAACUAUUGACUUCAAACCACGGAAGACAAAGGCCAAAGGCAAAGGAGGUACUGCCAAAGUCGUCAAGACCAAGAAGAUUCUCAAGGAAUUGGAGAAACGUAAAGCUAUCGAAGCGUUGCCGAGCAUCAAGAAAGCGGAGAAAGUUGAGAAAAAAGUUGACAAAAACUAUGGCCAGGCACUCAAUAGAUUUUUGCCUAAAACUAAAUAAACUUAUUUUGUAUAUAAUAGAUAAGGAAAUAAAUUUUUUACAAAAUAA